GGAUCACUGACAGGACUGUCAGAAAAGUCCAUUUAACCAGAGAUGAGAGGGCACAGGAAAGACUUAAAGCAUUUGAGUUCCACUCAAAAGUGGCAGCUCCACUUAUCUGCAGAUUUUUUCACUUUUAUUUUCAGGGUGUCCUUGAAUUCAGUCCUCUGUAGAUUGAUAAUUUUCAUUUUUCCAUCAAACGAUGGAGCAUCCUUAUGUUCCUAACAAAUUACCCAGUCCAUAUCAGUAUAGAUAUCCAGCAUGAAAUGUUUCCCUAUUGA